AUGCUGCAGGAUUCGUCCCAACGAGACUUUGAUAGCUCUGACUCUGAAUUUGUAGAGGUUGAUCCCACCGGUCGUUAUGUUCGGUACAAGGAAGUUUUAGGGAAGGGAGCUUUCAAGGAAGUAUAUCGAGCUUUCGAUGAGUUGGAAGGAAUUGAGGUUGCAUGGAAUCAAGUUAAAGUGGAUGAACGAAUGCAUAAUUCUGAAGAUUUGGAACGCCUGUAUUCAGAAGUUCAUCUGCUGAAGACUUUAAAGCAUAAAAAUAUCAUCACAUUUUAUAAUUCAUGGGUUGAUCCUGAGCAUGGCAACAUCAACUUCAUCACUGAAAUAUUUACUUCAGGAACAUUACGCCAAUACAGGAAGAAACACAAGCGUGUUGACUUGAAAGCCUUAAAGAAAUGGUCUAGGCAGAUUUUGGAGGGGCUUUUCUAUCUUCACAGUCAUGAUCCACCAAUUAUUCAUCGAGAUCUUAAGUGUGACAACAUCUUUGUCAAUGGAAAUCAAGGUGAGGUGAAAAUUGGUGACCUGGGACUGGCAGCCAUUCUUCAACAAGCCAAUUCAGCUCAUAGUGUCAUAGGUACUCCAGAGUUUAUGGCCCCAGAGCUCUAUGAAGAGGAAUACAAUGAGCUUGUUGACAUUUAUGCUUUUGGCAUGUGCUUGCUAGAAUUGGUAACCUUUGAGUACCCAUAUGUUGAAUGUGCAAAUGCCGCUCAAAUAUACAAAAAGGUGACAUCUGGAGUAAAGCCGGCAUCUUUGGCAAAAGUGACAGAUCCUAGGGUGAAAGCAUUUAUAGGGAAGUGUAUUGCCCAUGUAUCUGAACGAUUACCGGCUAAGGAUCUCUUGAUGGAUUCCUUUCUUCAUUUAGACGAAGAUACUGAGGGUAUAAGUCGUUUUUUAUGGCCUAAAACUCACCAUGCUGAGACAAGCAGGGAAUUUAGAGUGGAAGGUCAACGGAAAGAUGUCAAUACAAUAUUUCUGAAACUGAGACUAGUAGACUUGUCAGGUCGUAUUUGCAAUAUCCACUUUCCUUUUAAUAUUGAGGCAGACACUGCAGUUGGGGUUGCUGGCGAAAUGGUUGAAGAGCUUGAGCUCUCUGAUCAAGAUGUCACAACUAUUGCUGAGAUGAUUGAGUCAGAAAUUCAAAACCACUUUCCAGUUUGGAAUCCCAGUGAAAGUCCCAUCCAUGGAUCUGGCAAAGGGCCGGCAGUUUCAAGCGGAUUUGCCUCUACCAACUUUACUGAUAGUCUUGCACUGGAUAUAUUACCCUCUGGCCGUAAGUUCUGGUCGGACUCACCCAAGGGAGCAGUCAAAAACUCUUUUUUAAGGGCCGAUGCUUCUAACCUGUCCUGUAAAGUGGAUGUGGGCACCGAGGAAAGUAACUUGACUGGAAAUGAUGCUGUCUCAGUUCAUCAGCAGGCUAAGAACUGUGUUCAUGAUGGUGAUAGGAGUUCAGUAAAGAAACCUAGUGGGAUUGCUGAUUUUCAUUCCAUUGAGAGAAGGAUAGCAUCCAAGGAUUCAAAAGUAACGGAAGGGGAAUCUCCUCCAGAAGCAAAAUCUAGCAUAUUAGGAGAUUCUGAAUUAGAAAAUGUCAACUUAAUUGCCUCAGAACUAAAAAAAUUGUUGGUGACACAGCAAGAAGACUUAAAAAAACUAGAGAAGAAACAUGAAUUAGCCGUCUCAGAUUUUCUGAAGAAGCUCCCUUCUGAGGUGCGGCAGCUGAUUUUAAAUGCAUAUAGCCUGGAGUUACCUGACAGUGCAGAUGCAGACAGACUUGAGGCCUCUUCCAAUGCUUAA